AUGGACUCUACGUCACCAAAAGAGGCCGUUGGCAUUGAGCAGCGCCAAGACAGAUGGCAGUCAAACUCCCGUGCUGGCAGACGGUCAUCGACGAAGCGUCACACCUCAUGGGUCAGCCACAAGUCGCACAACAAGAGAAAGAGCAAGAGCAAGAACAAGAAGGCGAAAAAGGGCAAGGCCAAGUCCAGUACUCGGUCGCUGACACGCUCGCAGGCCAUCUGGGCUGCUCGGGCUCCCAAGCGGAUCGUUCCCAAGACCCGCCGUCCUUCACAGCAGGUUUUCUGGUCAAUGGUCCAGACGGAGACAGGCGAACAGGUGAUUGUAACAGAACUAACCGAUGCGUCCACAGCUACGUCCACUGACAUAUCCACAGACAGCAGACCGUGCCCGUGCCCCGACGAGACCGACCUUCAGAGUGUCCCCGUCAACAACCCGCUCGAUGUGGCCAGCCCGGUCCUGUUCCCGGGCGCCCUCGACGGCGUUCUUCCGCGGACCGACUUGGCCGGCGCGCACAACUGCGGCGGGCACCUCCACAUCCUGGACAUUGACUACUGGCACUCUUCGCUCUGCCGCGACUGCAACAAGUACAACAUUCCCGUCGGCGAGCUGCACAUUCUGCCGUGCGGCCACUACUUGUGUCUGCGGUGCCUCAACAAGAAGGCAGCGUCCGUUGCCCAGAGCAUCUACGACGCAGACGUCUGGGAGAAGGUGCAGCAAGCACUCCACGACACUGCCUUUGCCGAGUCUUUCUACAACUACGACGACGACUACGACGGCCGGCCCAUGUACGGACGGCAGCAAGGACCGGGACCCAACAGUCGCCAGUACGGGACCCCCUGGGCGGCCCUCCAGGCCGUCGGCAUGCUCUGCUGCGGCAUGGACGCCCGCCUCGACCACUUCCUCGGCUGCUUGGACCCGGCCGUCAGCACGGCCUACUGGAUCGCCUACGCGGCCGUGCGCGUCCAGCAGCCCGAGGACCUGCGCAGCCGCUGCGGCUGGCCCGACUGCCGGCGGCAGCUGGUGCCGGCGAACCAUUUUGUGCGGCACGACCAGCUGCAGUACGCGUUUUGUCUGAGUUGUGGCGGCACGUCACUGAUCAAGGACAGGGAAGGUUCCACCAUCCCGGCGCGGGCGUGGCAGGAGGACGAGGAGAGCACGUAG